AUGGUGAUGGCAGCCGAGGAGUUACUUAAUGAUCUCCUUGAUGACGAUAUUAUCGAUAAGGGCUAUGGUAUACCGGACUAUCUCAGCAUCAUCUCAACCGAGGCUUCUGGAAGCCAGAUAGAGAGACUAGCGAAUAUCCUAGAUGAGCCAGGCCGAACCUUAGUGAUGGUGUCGGCAGUUUCCGCAAAAGACAAUGUCAGAGAUCAUAUACGACAAAUCGCCAGAGGCUACUUGUAUCAGGGUGUUGAGCUGUCAGAGUUAGAGUAUCAGCCUGCUUAA